CUCCCGGCCCCUAGCCAUAACAUAACCUGCCCGCGCGCGCGCACUAGAAAGCUCAGCUCUUAGAUCCGGCCGGGAAAUAUAUACUGUAUAUAUAUCUAUGAAGAACAAAUUAAAUAUUCUGAGAUACAUAUAUACGUACUAGCUAGUGCUUGCGCGCGCUGCUCCAAUCAGAUUCGGGAGAUCGACACCGCGCGCCGCCGCCGCCUCACCACUCUGAAAUUUAACUCUCACAACACCAACUUCAUCAAUAAAUCCCCUACGUACUUUACGAAAAUAUGGGUCGCCAUUCUUGUAUGGUGAAGCAGAAGCUAAGAAAAGGGUUGUGGUCGCCGGAAGAAGACGAGAAGCUCUACAAUUACAUCACUAAUUUCGGCGUUGGAUGCUGGAGUUCCGUCCCCAAACACGCCGGUCUGCAGAGGUGUGGAAAGAGUUGCAGAUUGAGAUGGAUAAAUUACUUGAGGCCUGACCUUAAGAGAGGGAUGUUUUCACAAGAAGAAGAAGACCUCAUACUCACUCUUCAUGAAGUUCUUGGAAACAGGUGGGCACAAAUUGCAGCAAAACUUCCCGGGAGAACGGAUAAUGAGAUCAAGAACUUUUGGAACUCUUGUCUUAAAAAGAAGCUAAUGAAGCAAGGAAUUGAUCCACACACACACAAACCCAUAACCCAACCCCUAUUAAUAAGAACAGAAGAUCCAAAGAACUGCAGUAGUCUUCCAGCAUUGCCUAAUGAUCAUCUCCCAAAUUUUGAAAUCUCAACUACACAAAUGACCAGCAAAGAGCAAGCUUUUGAUCCUCUCUUCUUGUAUGACCCCCAAGAGAAUAUGAAUUCUUACCUCAAUCCCAAUUAUGGAUUUAGCUCAUUGCCCGGACUAAUGAAUAUGGAGUGUGAUAUUUUCUCAGAUGGAUCGAAUUCAAGAAUGGGUUCCAACAACAACAACAUCCUGGAUAAUGUGCCACGAUUUUCAUGGGAAAUUGGGAACAAAAUGGAAGACACAUUAUUUAAUCAGUAUGGGUUCAACAAUGGUGAGAUGAUCAUCAAACCUGAAGAAAAUGAGGAGGUAGUGGAGGAGGAAGGGCAAUUAAUUGACUAUCCAUUGACUUCCCUUCAACAUGACAUGAGUGGGGAUAAUAUCGAUCUCUUCCCUCAAAUUUGAGAUUUGAUACAAUUACAAUUAAGUUUAAUCUAUGCUUUGUACUUCUAGGCUUUUUCUUCGGUCCUCCCUUCCCCUAUAAAAAUACAAUAUACAACUACAUAAGAACAUGUGUUUUUAGACUUAAGUUGAUGAGGUGUGAAUUCUUCCCCCUUUCAAUUGAUUAUCUCUUAUUAUUUAAUUUAUUUCAAAUU